AUGGGCGACAACCGAGACGAUCCAGGAGAUUAUGCUCGCCCGAGGCGGCCAGAUACAGAUACAAUUUCUUACUUGAGGGGCUUGCCAUUGGACGUGGAUCAAGCCAAACAAGAAAUUUCUUCCUACCUAGAACAUGGAGGUGAAUUUCCGCAAACCCUUGUGGCUACCUUUUCGGCGAUUGAUGAAAUCUGCAUGGAAAUUGCCUCUCUUGCAGGUGAUGAAUUUGGUUCACAGGGAGUCGAGCUGCUGGCUCAUAUUUCUGCUCCUCAUUCCGAAUUGGCUUCAAGGAUACUGUUGAAUGCUUGUUCUGGAUACCAUUUGCAUUUGGCCACACAUCGAUACGGCUCUCACGUGGUUCAGACAAUUCUUCAACUUGCAUUUUCAUCGGCCAGUGAAAAAGAUUUGGCGUCUGAUCCAGAGUCCCCUUCCUUUGAUAACUCCUCGACCGACGACCUCCCGUCUCUCGCUGAGUUGGUCCAAGGCAUGGUAGAAGAGUUAUCACCACACACAUCCAGCUUGGCAGUUCACGUAUGUGGCUCUCACGUCCUCCGAACACUACUGUGCGUCCUGGGCGGAGUCGACCUAGUAACUUCUGGAAAUGGCAGUGACAAUCGAUUCGACAGUGGCGCCAUUUUGCGUGGUCGAAAGAAAAACAAGAAAAAGAAAAAGAAGAAACCCGAUGCCGAUUCAUCAGCUGGAAUCCCUCAUGCUGGAACUAUGAGCGUCAUUUACCGUUCACAUUCUAGGGUAAAUCCAAACGAAUUCACAUCUUCCUUGGAAGCCAUGACGAAUGCAGUGAUUGGAGAACACGGAAUGAAGGAACCUGGCGAACUCCAGCAACUUGCUAGCCAUCCUAGCGCUGGACCACUUUUGAUUGUUCUGUUUCGAGUGCUAACAUAUUCUACUGAGGACGGAAAGAAACAGUGGGAGGCCCUAGAAGCAGAAAAGGGGGACUCGAUUGCCGAUUUCCGCUUGGGCAUUGCUCGUCAGGAACCAACCUUUGCUACUGGGACACUCGCACAUAGAAUGGCCUGCCAGAUCCUCUGCUGGGAUGAGGAUGUGGAGGAACAGCCACAUGCGGGGGAUAUUAUCUUUGGGUUGUCUGGGGAGCCCCGAGGUUCCCAUUUACUGGAAACUCUGUUGCGACUGGCGCCAGAUGAAAUGCACAAUAAUAUCCUUCAAUGUGGAGGCUUCUUUAAUCCAACUGCCAUGCAAGAAUAUUGUGAACACCAAGUAUCCAACUUCGUUGUCCAGACACUUUUGACAACGAUCCGAACCAAAGAACAAGCAGAAACAAUGCUCAAGGUUGUCGAGAAGGUCAUAUCGAGUGGUUUGGCAGUCGAUGGCACAAAGAAGAGACGAGGGAUCCUGUGGAGAACGGUCGAGCUAGCUUCCAAGUUUCGAGUGGGCCAAGAUGGAAUCCUCAAGGCGGUUCGAUUGGGAUUCGCUGCCAUUAGCAAGUCUACUACUGCUACUGAAGAAUCCGCAGAGACGGAACAAGCAGCAAAUGACCAAGACCAAGGAGAGGAGGAGGGCAAGAACAAGAAAAAGAAACAACGAAAGAAGGCAACUUCAGUGGAAGUCAAGGAUUGUGUCAAGAGUCUUCUUGGCGUUCAAUUGCCCGAAAAAGAAGGCGACCGACUCACAUUGGACGCCACUGGCGCCCGGGCAGUCUAUCACAUGCUUCGCUUCACGCCGCGUUUGUGCGAAGACGUGUUGAAGGGUUGCAUUGACGAACAUUCUGUCGAUGAAUUGGUGGCCAUGGCCAAGGACGGAUUGGGAAGUCGCUGCGUCAUGGACGGCAUAUUAAGUGGGCCCACCAAGACUCCAAUUUUUGCCGCCGCCUCCAAAAACUUGUACAAGAAAUUGACCGACCAUUGGGUCUCCUUGUCCAUUGACCGAGUGGGCCAUCACAUUGUUAAGAAGCUAUUCGAAGCUUUAUUAAAGAUUGAUGACAAGAGUAUGCUGGUCGAAGAGUUGGUGAAUGGAGGCAGACGACUGACUGCCAACAAGAUGGGCCACAGCGUUUCCGAAGCCUGUAUGGUGGACAUCUACCGUGAGAAUCCAAAGCAAUGGCGCAAGAAAAUUGUCAGCACUCAAGACAAGUCGGAAGACACGUUUUUGAAGGAAAUGACUUCUGCUAGUGGCGAAGGCGGCCAAGCAUCGACCAAGCCCAAGCGCAAACGCAAACGAAAAAAGAAGGAGACGUCCACCGAAGAGGAAUCGGCCACCAAAAAGACUUCCUUUCCAUCCUCGAGUGUGGAUUCCAUCAUCAAUGCCAUUACCGCUAGUUAG